UUCAUUGAUAAGAACAAUAAAUUACUUAAAAAUAAAUCAGCACCGUGAAGGCAUCCCAAGAAACGCGCCUCAGCUUUGAACUUCGAAGUCACAAUCAUUCUCUUUCUACAUCAAAUUUCGAUUAACACUUUGGCAAUUUGGAAGACUUUGAUUCUUAAUAUGGACGGCCCCCCUGCGGGCGAUAUCUGUUCAAUCUGCCAUGGAAGAUUCAACAUCCCUUGUCAAGCAAAUUGUUCGCACUGGUUCUGCGGUAAGUGUAUAAUGCUUGUCUGGGAUCAUGGAUCACCACUACAGCCAUGCAAAUGCCCCUUAUGUCGUCGUUCAAUCACUUUAUUAGUUCCUUCGGAGGUUUCACCAAUUCAGCAAAGUGACCCAGAGGUUGCACGCGUUCUUAACAAUAUUAGGACUUAUAAUCGUCAUUUCGGUGGCAACUCAACUGAUUUAAGUCAGCGGCUGCAGGACCUUCCUUUUCUCCUGCGGAGGUUGCUUCAAGAACUCCUCAAUCCACAGAGAUCUCUUCCUCUUGUCAUUAGAACACGUGUUUACAUUGCAAUGGUUCUAAGUGUAGUCUACACUGUGAGUCCCAUCGAUAUCAUACCAGAAGCAUUACUAGGAUUAUUUGGACUGAUGGAUGAUAUCCUUAUACUGCUCAUCUGCUUCCUUUACAUUGCUGCUAUGUACCGAUCAGUACUUUAUAAUCGUCACGGAGGAACUUGAACUUCUUUGACAGCUUUUCCAAGACCUGUUAGAAAUCAGAGUAGCCAUUUUAAUUUUAUUAUUAAUAUAUAUAUAUAUAUAUAUAUUUUUUUUUUUUCUUUUUUUUUUUUUUUUUUUGGGGGGGGGGGGGGGGGGCUUUGACAGCUUUUCCACUUUGUUUUCAUCCUGUUUUAAUUGUAAAGCCAAACUCUUUCAUAGUUUUUCGAGUAUAUUGAAAUUUAAAUGUGUUGUUUCAUUUUGUGUUCGGGAAUGUGAAGCUUGAUGAGAACCACUAAAACUAUGUUUGGAAAAUAGCCAAUUGUAGAUAUAUGCUUAUGUUUAUCAUUUGAGUUUAUGCUUCGCCAUGAUGAAGCAUCUGAAUCAUCACUAGCUUUAGCUCAAAGUGAUUUGCGUUGAUGUUUGUUUGUUAUGCUAUGAAGAUGGGAUUUUGUAGAGAAAUCACCUGAGAUUGUGAAAUGUGAUUUUCCUUGCAUUC